AUGGCGCAACAGAACCUCUCCAUUGUCCUCGCCGAGCGUCCCACGGCCGAGAUCAUCCCCGGCCAGACUUUCAAGUCGGAGCAGAAGCCCAUCCCCAAGGCUGAGGACCUCAAGGAUGGCCAGAUCCUCAUCGAGAACUGGUACCUCUCGCUCGACCCCGCCAUGCGCGGAUGGUUGAACGACCGCCGCUCCUACAUCCCUCCCGUCCAGAUCGGCGAAGUCAUGCGCGGCGCCACCGUCGGCCGCGUGCUCGCGUCCAAGUCGCCCAAGGCCAAGGAGGGCGACGUGCUGCCGACGUUCGGCGGCUGGUCCGAGUACAGCGUCGUCGACGACGCGCGCGUCGAGCCCGUCUCGUCGUUCCCCAACGUCUCGCAGCCGGUCGACUACCUCUCGGGCAUCGGCAUGACGGCGCUGACGGCCUACUUCGGCAUGCUGCGCGUCGGCGACCCGCAGCCCGGCGAGACCGUCGUCGUCUCGGGCGCGGCGGGCGCCACGGGCAGCGUGGCGGGCCAGAUCGCCAAGCUCAAGGGCGCGCGCGUCGUCGGCCUCGCCGGGUCCGACGACAAGUGCCGCUGGCUGACGGAGGAGCUCGGCUUCGACGUCGCGCUCAACUACAAGGACCCGGAGUUCCGCCAAAAGUUCAAGGAGGCGACGCCCGACUUCAUCAACGUCUACUUUGACAACGUCGGCGGCGAGAUCCUCGACCUGGCCCUCGCCCGCGCCAAGGAGUUCUCGCGCUUCGUCAUGUGCGGCGGCAUCAGCCAGUACAACUCGGCCACGCCCCAGGGACCCAAGAACUACGCCAACAUCAUCACGAUGCGCAUCAAGAUGCAGGGCUUCAUCGUCUUCGACUACGCCAAGGAGUACGCGCAGGCGCGCAAGGAGCUCGCGCAGUGGCUCGACGAGGGCAAGAUCAAGCGCAAGGAGACCAUCGUCAAGGGCGGCCUCAAGGCGGCGGAGCAGGCGCUCGUCGACCUGUACAAGGGCAUCAACACGGGCAAGCUGAUUGUCGAGAUCAAGAACCCCAAGGACGCGGCCAAGCUGUGA